UUAAGCGAGACUCGAGCAGCGCGAAACCCGAGCCGCAUCCAACAGUGGACCUAACAGCCUUCCUACAUCCUUUCGAUAAAAUUUCAAUAAUCCAUCGUGGCUGAUCGAAACUAAACUGAGACGCGUACUUGGAUUAGUUCGUUUUACUACGAUUUUCUCCAAAUUCGAAAAUGACUCUCGUUUCGGGGCCCAGCUAUGCAGCCUUCUCGCACGGAGCCCAAGCUAGGCUCGGCAACCGAUCUCUCGUCGACACAAUACGCCCUGAGAUGCUCCACCUGAUCGACGCCCACUGGUAUCAUUACCCGCCGCUAGACCCGAUGUGGCAUGGGAUUCUCGGGUUCGUGAUAGCUGUGCUUGCUCUCAUCUCGGUUUCAGGGAACGGAAUGGUCGUUUACAUAUUCCUCUCGACGAAGAGCCUACGUACGCCAAGCAACAUGUUCGUAAUCAACCUUGCCAUCAGCGAUUUCCUUAUGAUGUUCUGCAUGUCACCGCCUAUGGUAAUUAACUGUUUCUUCGAGACAUGGGUACUGGGACCUCUCUUCUGUCAGAUCUACGCGAUGUUAGGCUCCUUGUACGGAUGUACCUCCAUAUGGACGAUGACAGUGAUAGCGUUCGACAGGUACAACGUGAUCGUCAAAGGUUUAUCCGGUAAGCCGCUAACCAUUAAUGGAGCCCUCCUCCGGAUACUGGCCAUAUGGCUGUUCUCCGUAAUAUGGACCGUCGCGCCUGUAUUAGGCUGGAAUCGAUACGUACCCGAGGGUAACAUGACCGCUUGCGGCACCGAUUACUUCAGCAAGGACUUCUUAUCCGUCUCUUACAUCGUGCUAUACAGCCUCUGGGUAUACUUCAUUCCGCUGUUCCUCAUCAUUUGGAGCUAUUAUUACAUCAUUAGCGCGGUCGCAGCUCACGAGAAAAAUAUGCGAGAACAAGCGAAGAAGAUGAACGUCGCUUCCCUCCGAUCGUCCGAGAAUCAAAAUACUAGUGCCGAGGCUAAACUAGCGAAAGUUGCCCUUAUGACCAUCUCUCUUUGGUUCAUGGCCUGGACUCCGUACUUAGUCAUCAAUUGGGCUGGAAUAUUCGAUCUCGUUAAAAUCAGUCCGCUUUUCACCAUUUGGGGUUCUCUGUUUGCCAAAGCCAACGCGGUUUACAAUCCGAUCGUUUACGGAAUUAGCCAUCCGAAGUACCGUGCCGCACUCUUCUUGAAAUUCCCGUCGUUGGCAUGCGCCGCUGCACCAGCAGCCACGGACGCCACAUCCACCGUGUCCGGUACCACGACCGUUGCAGAUGCAGAAAAAUCGAACGCGUAAAACGGCGCACUGUGACGGAUCCAAAAUUGAUCAACAGAUUACGAACUAGCCUGAUUCAAAACGAAGACACCAAGUUUAAUUACAGACGCGGUAUUGUAAAUAUUGGACUAUUGUUUCAGAGAGAACUUUUGUCCGCGAGGAAAAUGCAAAAAGAAAUUCCAAAUUCAGAUUUCAAUCGAAUGUGUUCAAGUUAAAUAAAAAGAAAUGAUGAUAUACGUGCGUGCGGCGCAUUACAUUCAACGACGAGGAAAACAUACAAAAGACUCUGGUAAGACGGAAUCUCAAUGAUCGAGUAUGAACAAUAUUUCAAUCACUUGUGAUCGGAUGCGAGAUUCGCAUUACACCACAAUGCGAAUCGUUCCUCAUCGAUGCACGGGCAUGAUUACAAAUUUUGUACAUAUAAUUAUUCCGUAGCGUUGCAGUGUACAUGGUCACUUCGGUAUAACCGGCUUAUCGUGUUUACUAGAUUAGUAAGCAUAUAACCGUAAUAUCAUCAUAAAUAGAAUGUAAAGGGGGGAAGCGUUGUAUCUGUACCUUAAUUUUAUAAAAGCAAAUAAAUUCAAGCAAGCAAUUGUA